AUGGAUGCAGAAACUGAGGCUUUUGGUGCAGAAUUGGAGGACUUAUUACAAGGUGACCUAGGCAUCAACAUGGUGUUCAUCCUGUCAGAAAAGUUCUGGGCUGCAGAGGGGCAAGAAACCACUCUGGAGGGAGAUGUGUUUUCCCAGGAGAGUUUUGAAUGCAAGUUGGCAGAAGCAGAAGAAACACCAGAGCAACAAGAAGGCAAUCCUAAGACAGAAGGAAUUGCCAACAAGCUAGCUGCAGAGCAGCUUUGCUUUUCCAAACCCACCAAAGAGAUGGCCAACCACCUCAGACCCUUGUUCAUAACAGCAAACUUUGGGGGUGUUCCUAUUCCCAAAAUCAUGGUAGAUGGGGGGAGCAUCAAUUAA